AUGGGGCAGCAGCAAGAGGAGAAGCAGCAACAGCAGCAAGAGGAGAAGCAGCAGCAGCUGUGGAAGGAAGCUGCGCAGGAGCAACUGAGGCAGCUGCCUAACCUGCAAACUCUCCACUCCUUGCGCGAUUUAGCCAAGCAGAAUCUGCUGCAGCAGCAGGCUUACCUCCUCCAGCAGCAGCAGCAACAGCAACAACAACAGCAACAGCAACAACAGCAACAACAACAGCAACAACAACAGCAACAACAACAGCAGCAGCGACAGCAACAGCAACAACAACAGCAACAGCAACAGCAACAGCAACAGCAACAGCAACAACAACAGCAACAACAACAACAACAGCAACAGCAACGGAGACUGCGGCAGCAGCAGAUCGUCGUGAAGAAGCGGAGAGUUGUGCAGCAGCAGCAGCUCGAGCUGGAGGCACUGCAGCAGAGGCUGCGAUGCGAGAGUCUGUUGCUGCAGGAAGAGCGCAAGUACCAGCAGCAACAGCAGCAGCAGCAGCUGCUGUUGCAGACGUUGCUGCUGCGGCAAGAUCCCCAGCGGUUGCCGCGACAGCAGCAACAGCAGCAGCAGCACAACGGGGGGCUGCUGCAUGCAGCCUCUGCAGCCGACAAGUGGCUUGCCGAGGAGACUUGGCCCUACCCAACUGCAGCAGCAGAAGAAGAAGCUCAGAUUGUCGUGCUUAAAAUUACCUUGGGAGCUCCGGAUGCGAGCGGCAGCAGCAGCAGCAGCAUCCAAGCGUUGGGGGGAAACGGCAGCAGCGGCCUGUAUGUGCAGGCUACCUUUGCUCCAGAAACGAAGCAAAAACAUCUGCUGCUGCUGCUGCAGCAACAGCAGCAGCAGCUUUCCACCCUCUCAGACGCUGAGCGGCUGCAGCUUCGCGCACUCCGGCAACACUUGCCGGAGGGGCUUCUGCAGCAGCAACAGCGACAGCAACAGCGACGGCGACAGCAGCAGCAACAGCAGCAGCAACAGCGACAGCGACAGCAACAGCAACAGCAACAACAGCGCCCCGCGUGCAAGAGUGAGCACCAGCAACAGCAGCAGCGGCAGAGCACUUUCAUUCGGCUAAGAGGGCCAGGGGGUAGGUUUAUCAAGGCAUCGUCAGCUCAAAGAAUUCCGCAGAACGAGAGCAGCAGCAAUAAAAACGCAACUUGCUCAGGCAAGAAGGAAUGCGGUUACUGGCUGCCUCCUUGGGGCCGUGCUGCUCUUCUCGUGUGCAGCUGGUUCUCAGCUGAAACUGCAUCCCGCCUCUUUCCGCAUGCCUUCGCUGCUGCUAUUGCUCGAUCUAGUGCCUUUAUGCUGAAGGAGCACCUGCCAAACGCACUAGAAGAGGCACACGAGCACUGCGAGUUGUGGCAGACAGCUCCCCCAAAAAACAAUGUCUGCACAGAUCUGCACGAGCAUCCGUGCAAAAGCGCUGCAGCCGCCAGAUCUGGCAAGCCGCAGACAGCAUUUGAAGACAGCAUGGCGCCGAAGAAUUGA